GGACCUAAGCUCCCUGCGGAUCUAUGACGCGCUUUGUACAAUUGGCCCCAUCUGCACCACCACAGCUACACGAUCAACAAAGACGGUCUUCAAAAUACCUUUUCGCAAGCCAUCCAUAGUUCCAACGAUCUGAAGUGUGCAAUUUGGCAGCUACAAAGAUUGACCAGAACCAAGCAGCCCGAUAGAACUCGUUCGCAAUGGCGCUCCCCGCAGUCAAGUCUCUGGAGGAGUGCUCCGAGUGGGCCAAGGUUGUCGAACCCUUCAUCCCCCAGCUCCUCGAGCUCCCCGGCAAGAUCAUCGCGAGCCCGCAGUCGCUGCCUCAGAUCUACCUCGAGACGAACCCCCUCGUCUCCGGUUUCGCCUUUUCCUUGCUCAUCGCGGUCCUCACUCUCGGCGUGUCAGAGUACCACCGCAACUUUUCGCAAAUCGACCGGCUGUGGAGUCUCUUGCCAAACUGGUAUGUCCUGCACACGGCGGCAUGGGCGUAUCUGAAUGGCGAACCCUGGCAACGAGUUGCCCUGGCCGGGGCCGCGACUACUCUCUGGAGUACACGCUUGACCUUCAACUACUGGCGCAAAGGAGGCUACGAGCGCGGAAGUGAAGACUACAGAUGGGAAAUCGUCCGCGCAUACGUCCCUGCCUGGGUCUUCUUCCUCUUCAACGUAACCUUCAUCUCCUUCAUCCAGUCCAUCCUCCUCUUCGCCUUCUCCGCCGCACCCGCCUACUCCCUCCUCCUCGCCAGCCGCAUCGAUCCCGACCUCGCCGCCUCAGACUACGCCUUCUUCACCAUCCUCGCCGGCCUCGUCCUCAGCGAGUACAUCAGCGACGGCCAGCAAUGGGACUACCAGACCGCCAAAGCCACCUACAAAAAGGGCAACGGCGCCACAGCUGCCGUCCCCCGCGGCUGGGCGCAGGCGGACCUUGAGCGCGGCUUCGUCACGCACGGUCUCUGGGCCUACAGCCGUCACCCCAACUUCUUCGCCGAGCAGAUGGUCUGGUUCGUGCUCUACCAGUGGAGCUGCUACGCCACCAAGGUGCUGUACAGCUACACCUUCGCGGGCUCCGCGUUCCUUGUGAUGUUGUUCCAGGGCUCGACGUGGCUUACUGAGUUGAUUACGGCGGGCAAGUACCACGAGUACGCUGAGUAUCAGAGCCAGGUUGGCAUGUUUAUGCCCAAGUCGCUGUUUCCGUACAAGAAGCCCGCGCCCAAGGUCAUUCGCACGAGCGAGCUUGCCAAGCGCCAGAGCAAGAAGGAGAAAUAGAGUAGGUUCUAAAACCUUGCGUACCCCCUAUUAGAAUAGGUAUGUUCUGUCGAGAGCCAGCGUCGGAAUAUGUUACUUUGGUGGUGAGGUGCGCAUCGAGGAAGUCGGAAUAGACGGUCAACUGCAUCUGUGUACUCUU